GGGUAAAUGGAAGGAGGGGGUGCCGAGAAGAGACAAGAAAAACUAAUCAAAACAAAACUGUUUCAUCGUUUUCAAUGGGAUCAAGGUCGAAUGGUCGGAGAUGAUCGCACUCAAACAGAUGGGUGCCGAUGAGCAAUACAGCAGUUUGAUUGAAGGAUUACACCCCGAUCCGGAAAAGCAGCAAAUCUUCGUAGAUGUACAACCGGUAGUUCACCGGUACACAGGUCAACGGUGGCAAACGGGUCCAGUUCAACAUGUUCCUCCAGUGGAUCGACCCGAUACGGCUAACCGAUCGGCUGCCGCCGACGCUCUUUCCGGUGCUUUGAAUCGACAUAGUCCGCUUGAGUGCAAUUUAGUGCCAACUAAAUCAAACUGUUUUCUUCCGAAAUUAUUUCAACUGUUCUUGUUUUUGGAGAUCUACAUCACAACCCAAAAGAACGUGGUUUUUAACUAUUUACCGCAACUAAAACAGACAAAUGUCUUCUUCUUCCCAUAAAAAUCUCUUUCACUUGUGUCGGCCAAUAUUAACCAUUUUACGAACUGUAGGUGUCACGAAACCUGCUCAUAUUGAUGUGGCUUUUACGUGCGUUAUGUCAGCGCUUCUAUGCUUUCUGUCAAAAUUUCCUUCAUGAACUGAGUUCAGAAACGUCUCUUUAUAUAUUACUGAGUUUCAAAGCUUGUUUAUACAAUUUUUCAAUUUUCAAAGCAUCACUCAUAAUACGAGCAUAACGAACACAUUUUCCGUUUAAACCAUAAUUGCACGUGAUUCACAACAUUUCUACUGAUUGCAACAUACAUUCUGUACGAAAAGUAACACGCCUGAGUUUGUUUACUUUGCACACCUGGAGCCUCGAUUUGAGGGUUCCCUUGGAGUUUUCGACCUCUUUCUUUGCGUAUCUGUCUAUAACACCGUCUGAUAAAUUGACAAUUGCAUAUGAGUAGGAUUGCCACCUCCCCGGGUUUCACCCGAAGUCUCCGGGUUCAGGAGGUGAUCUCUGGGUCUGCGAGUGAACGCGAAUUUUCUCCUGCUCUGGGAAGUAAUUUCCGGAUCUCUGGGUGAAAGCGAAAUUUCUCUGAGCCAGCAGAAUUAUUUUCAACUCGCUCUGGAAACGACAUACGGCGUCAUCCACAAAUUAAGUAAGGAUCUAUUUUUCGAAAUUUUAGACCCCCCCUUCCCCCAUAAUAAGGCUUGGUGAGAUUUUGCAUUACUCUCCUCCCCCCAUAAAUCUUAUGUAAGAUUUUCUUUUUCAGGAAAAAUUGUUCAUGAAGAAGAAAUGUUUUUUUCCAUA